UCACUCAUUGAUUUAGUAUUUUUUUGGACUUUGUUGUUAACGGUUGUUCGCUCGCACGUUCGCCGUCCGAUCGCGUUCGUCUAAAUACAAGAUACAAAACACAGCACACACGAUUCGAAACACAAAACCAACCAGAACGGUUUCCCCAAAAAACACCGAACGUUUUAAAACAAAAAAAAUCACAAAAUGUUGCAACCAAAUGAAAUACAUGUUUAAAUCGCCUAUAUACACACACACACCUCUAUUUAUGAGAAAUUGUUAGAAAGUCCCAAAUAAUACCAGUCCCCUCUCAUCAACAACAAAAACAACAAGUGCAAUUCGUCGGCAGAAAUUGAAAUAAAGUGCAAAUGCAUUGUAGCUGAACCUCAGAAAAUAGGAAAAAUAAGUAAUGAAGAAGGCGGAGGAAAUAGUUCUUUAAAUAACGCAAAUCGAGAGCAUAUAUUCAUAUUUGUACAGAUAUUAUAUAGUGGCGCUGCAUAGUGCAAAUCGCGGAUGAGGGAAUUCGUCGAGCCCGAAAUGUAAAUAGGAAAAAUUCCCAAAGCAAUUCGACGGUGAAAGCAAGAACAAACGGAAAUCGAAACAAACAGAACUCGAAAUCUAACAUCAACAAAAAAAAACAAGCGACGCACAGACGUUAAGACUCUCGUCUAGUCGCCGUCUGUGGAACGCACACCCCCACCUCCCCGUGGCAAGGAGACGGAGUCACCAUCACCAUCCGCAUCCUUAAUAUUAUUAUUAUUAUCUCGAAGAUAGUGCGCGAGUGUGUGAGUAAGGGAUUUGUGCACUGGAUCCCCGUUACGUUUGAAUAGUGAAAAGAUAUUUACCAAAAUUCCAAAUAGUGCUUCGGCAACUGGAAUAUCUCCCAUUCAAGAACACAGUGAGCCCAUGGAUACUUGUGGAUUAGUAGCAGAACUGGCGCACUAUAUCGAUGCAUAUGGUCGCGACGAUCUCUCGCCCUCGAGCAGCCUGAACGGAUAUUCGGCGAACGAGAGCUGCGAUGCGAAGAAGAGCAAGAAGGGUCCUGCGCCGCGGGUGCAGGAGGAGCUGUGCCUGGUGUGCGGCGAUCGGGCCUCCGGCUACCACUACAACGCCCUCACCUGCGAGGGCUGCAAGGGCUUCUUUCGGCGCAGCGUGACGAAGAGCGCCGUGUACUGCUGCAAAUUCGGACGCGCCUGCGAAAUGGACAUGUACAUGCGGCGCAAGUGCCAGGAGUGCCGUCUGAAAAAGUGCCUGGCCGUGGGCAUGCGACCGGAGUGCGUUGUGCCGGAGAAUCAGUGCGCGAUGAAGCGGCGCGAGAAGAAGGCCCAGAAGGAGAAGGACAAGAUGACCACAUCGCCCAGCUCGCAGCACGGCGGCAACAGCGGCAGCUUGGGGACCGGCAACGCCCACGAGAUUGUCAAGAAGGAGAUUCUUGACCUAAUGACAUGCGAGGCGCCGCAGCAUGCCACUAUUCCGCUACUACCUGAUGAAAUUUUGGCCAAGUGCCAAGCGCGCAAUAUACCUGCACUAACGUACAAUCAGUUGGCCGUUAUAUACAAAUUAAUUUGGUACCAGGAUGGCUACGAGCAGCCAUCCGAAGAGGAUCUCAGGCGUAUAAUGAGUCAACCCGAUGAGAACGAGAGCCAGACGGAUGUCAGCUUUCGGCACAUCACCGAGAUAACCAUUCUCACAGUGCAGCUGAUUGUUGAGUUUGCUAAAGGUCUACCAGCGUUUACAAAAAUACCCCAGGAGGAUCAGAUCACGUUACUAAAGGCCUGCUCGUCGGAGGUGAUGAUGCUGCGCAUGGCUCGCCGCUACGAUCACAGCUCGGAUUCCAUAUUCUUCGCGAAUAACAGAUCCUACACGCGGGACUCGUACAAAAUGGCCGGAAUGGCCGACAACAUUGAAGACCUGCUGCAUUUCUGCCGCCAAAUGUUCUCGAUGAAGGUGGACAACGUCGAAUACGCGCUACUCACUGCCAUUGUGAUCUUCUCGGACCGGCCGGGCCUGGAGAAGGCCCAACUAGUCGAAGCGAUCCAGAGCUACUACAUCGACACGCUACGCAUUUAUAUACUCAACCGCCACUGCGGCGACUCCAUGAGCCUCGUCUUCUACGCCAAGCUGCUCUCGAUCCUUACCGAGCUGCGCACGCUGGGCAACCAGAACGCCGAGAUGUGCUUCUCGCUCAAGCUCAAGAACCGCAAGCUGCCCAAGUUCCUCGAGGAGAUCUGGGACGUGCACGCCAUCCCGCCCUCGGUCCAGUCGCACCUGCAGGUCACCCAGGAGGAAACCGAGCGGCUCGAACGGGCGGAGCGAAUGCGCGCCUCGGUCGGCGGUGCCAUCACCGCCGGCAUCGACUCCGAGUCCGCCUCCACUUCGGCGGCGGCGGCCGCAGCCCAGCAUCAACCCCAGCCUCCGACCCAGACCCAGAAUGCGACGCAACUUCAGUCGCAGACGCAGCCGCAGCUGCAACCUCAGCUGCAAGCUCAACUCCAACCACAGCUUCAACCUCAGCUCCAACCGCAGCUCCAGCCGCAACUCCAGCCACAACUCCAGGCGCAGCUCCAGCCACAGCCGCAGCACCUUUCCGUUUCUACUCCCGCAUCCGCCUCCGUAUCUGCCUCUGGUUCCGUGCAGACGGUCAGCACGAGCAGCGACUACAUCGGCGGUAGUGGGGCCAUAGGACCCACCACUGCGGCGCCCACCUCCUCCAGCAGCAUCACGGCCGCCGUUCCUGCCAUCUCCACCACAUCAGCGGUCCCGAUGGGCAACGGUGUUGGAGUGGGUGUAGGUGUGGGAGUGGGAGUGGGAGUUGGGGUGGGCGGCAACGUCAGCAUGUAUGCGAAUGCCCAGACAGCGAUGGCCCUAAUGGGAGUGGCCCUGCACUCACACCAGGAGCAACUAAUCGGCGGAGUGGCGGUCAAGUCGGAGCACUCGACGACGGCAUAGCAAACGCAGCGUCACCAACAGACCAUUGGCGUCCUGCUGGAUUGAGAUGCGAUCUAGGGGAAUGGGGAAGUUUUGUCCCGGAGAUUUUCGGGCGAACUUAGUAAGAUGAGGAAGUGAAUAAUUAAUGGACAAGCGUAAUAUGCAGUUAUUUAGUCUUAAGCCUGCAAAUAUUAGAGUUUAGCUAUUACCCAUACGAUUUAACUGAUAAUACAGCCUAUUAACAAUUACAUAAAAGCUUUCUUGAAACAAGCUUCAACCACAAUUGGACAAACGCGUUGAGCGACAGAAAGAGAGAGACAAAUUGAAAAGAGAACCAUUGGAAAUCAUGAAAUAUAGAAUCAAUUCUUUUGUGGGCGGAUGUUCGAUACGAUGCGAAUCGCGACUGCCUCACGAUCAAUUCUCGAAUUUUAUUUUUCAAUUUGAUCCUCCAAACUGCAUGCGAAACAGAUCAGAAAAGAAGAACAGAGAAUAGAGCGAGAACAGAGGGAAGAGAGAAGAGAAUAAAGAUUGUUUAUAUUUUAAAAAUAUAUAAAAUAAUAAUUACUAACUGUAAACUUAAUGAAAGCAACUGUAUAAUAUCUAACUAUAACUCUAAAUCCUUACUCUAAAGAAGCGAGUAAAUCUGUUAAAUGAAAGGAAUAGUUAUGAUAAUAACAUUAACAUCCACCAUAACUAAAUACAUUUAAAUUAAUUCAAAACAAACAAACUCUAAAAAAAACACGCAAAACUUGGACUGAUUUUAUAAAUAUUUUUUAAUCAUAACAAAUGGCAAACUGUAAAAAAUAUUACAAGAAAGCAAAACUAAAAAAAAUAACAAAAAAUGAAAAUAUAUUAUUAUGCCCUCCUUAUAUUUUUUAAAAUCAAGAAUAUAAAUUCUAAGAUUCUGAUAAUUUCCACCCAAAUAUAUUUGCAAGCAAAAACUAAGAUCCUUUGAAUAUUGGCAUCGUUUUUAGACAUUUUUUUCAACAAAAUUUUUAUAUUGAACUUUAACAAAAGAAAAUGAAAUUAAAGUGAUUGGAGUCUUACUCAAAAACCAAAAGGCAUCAAAAGGUAUUAAGUCUAAAAUAAAUAUUCAUUUCAAAUUCAACAAGCACCUUUAGGUGGAAAAUAUUUUUCAAUCACUUUGAUAACAGCCACACACAUAUAAAUAAACACACACACACCAAAAGACUUCAAUAUAUAUUUAUAAAAUUUACAUUGGUAAUUUAAAAUUUGUGUGAGUGACAAAAUUCAACAAAUUUGGCAAAAUCAAAAUUAAUUUAAUGAAAACCACCACAAGAAACGUGCAAAAUUCUUUACUUUGGCAAUUUUUAUGUUAAACAAAAUUUAAUGCAAUUGAUUUUCAAACAUUUUUAUUAGACUUUAUUAGUUUUAUUUUGCUUUGCGAUGUACACUUUAAAUACAUUUUUUAAAAUUGUUGGCCUUAUUUUAACUUAAAUCAAAUUUAUUCUAAUUUUAGUAGCAAUUUGUGUUUGAAAACGAAAAGAAGAAGAAACAACUGUAAAAUAUUAAUAAAAUUAAACGUAAAGUUAAAAGUGAAAUUCUUUUAUUGUGUAAAAAGAAGAUAUAAUAACAUCUUACGUAGCUUUCUACUUGAAUUGUGCAAUUUUUUACUUUUACUACUAAUCUUAAUUUAAAUAUAAUUUUACACACAACGCAUACACACGCCUACACACACAGCCACACAUGUAAACUUUUAAGUAAACUUAAUUUAUAAAGAUGAAUUUGUGUAAAGAUGAACUAAAAGUAGCAUGAUAUCAAGGAUAUAUAUGGAAGUAACUCUAAUCAAACGAGCGCAAUGCUUUCGAGGAGAGAAUUCUAAUUAAAUGUAGCCUGCACUUUGACAAACA